ACAAAUGUUUUGUGUUGGUUGUGUGUUGGACUGUUGCAAUUUUACCGGUCGUAUUUUAACAUUUUAAUGGACUAUUAUAAACAAGCUGUGUCAUGUAUUCGUGUGAAAUAGACGAAUGUAAUUAGUGGGAUCAUUAUGUAUCCUAAUAUUUUGUACUUAUUUGUUCUUUUUCAUAUAAAUCAAGCGGUAAUCGCAGACAGUGGCUGUGCCUGCGGAGCUAAUCGCGAUGAUAACGAAAAGAAAAGUUUUGUAAGUUCUAUACUUAAUGAGGAAUCCUGUUCUCUUGGCAAUAAGAUGAAGGACGAAGCUACAAAUAAAAUAUUAAAUGAUAAAAUGGUACUUGUUCCUAGUGGUGAAUAUCAAGUAGGCACAGAUGAUGUUAUUUUGGAAGCUGAUAACGAAGGCCCGAAAAGACUGGUAAAACUUGAAAGUUUCUACUUAGACCAAUUUGAAGUCUCAAACCGAAAUUUUGCCGAGUUUGUUGAAGCUACUCACUAUAAAACUGAGGCAGAAAUUUUUGGAGAUAGUUUUGUGUUUUCCUUGUUCCUCAAUAAUACAUUUAAAGAGCAGUUGAGAGAUUUUCGUGUCGCCCAAGUUCCCUGGUGGUACAAAGUCACUGGAUCUAAUUGGAGACACCCGUAUGGUCCUGACUCUGAUAUAAUAGAUAUGAUGGACCACCCAGUAACGCACAUAUCCUGGAAUGAUGCUAAAGCAUACUGCACAUGGCGGGAGGCUCGGUUGCCCACGGAGGCUGAGUGGGAGGCAGCCUGCCGCGGUGGCCACCGAGGCACAACCUACCCCUGGGGUGACAAGUUGUUCCCAGAUCGGAAAUAUAUGGCAAAUAUUUGGCAAGGUACAUUUCCCAGCCAUAACUCAGCCAAAGAUGGAUUCAUUGGUACAUGUCCAGUAGAUGAAUUCCUUCAAAAUGAUUUCAAUUUGUACAACAUUGUUGGCAAUGUCUGGGAGUGGGUUGAGGAUUCUUGGUCAGAUAAAACUCCCAAAGAGAAAGUGAAGAAAGGAGGUUCGUACCUGUGCCACAGCUCGUACUGCUUCCGGUACCGCUGCUCGGCGCGCUUCCACAACACUGAGGACAGCUCCGCCGGGAACCUCGGCUUCCGGUGCGCCAAGACGGCGUAGAAGUCUCUCCUGCCUCGACCACAAUACACAUUCCGACUUUCGGGUAGUGAUAGAAUUCAUCAGUGA